AUGGCUGUUACCAAUGCAGUAUCAUGGCGGUCAGAGGGUAUAAAAUAUAGGAAAAACGAGGUAUUUUUGGACGUGGUUGAAUUUUGUUUUGUUAGAAGAAGAAAAAGUUUAGGAUGUCAACCGAUCGACCGACCAAUCGAUCAAUGGGACUUUAAUGAGAAGAUGAAAGAACGAGAGGAAACGGCUCUUUAUUAUUAUUAUGAAUUUUUAAGUGAUAAAGCUGAUGAUUACGAUUAUGAUGCAAAUUUGCGAUAA